CUUCUUUUUCUUUCAAAAGAAACUAGUACAUUUGUAGCUAAACAUUAUUGAUUUACAUUUCAUAUUCAUUUGUGUAUGUGUUUAUUUUAAAUUUUGAUUCCGAGAACAAAGAAGAAAGAGCACAAUCUGGGUCAUGUCACAAUUGGGAGAUGAUGAAUUAGGAUCUAUACUCGAGUGGGUCCAUGACCCAGAUGACAGAAACUCAUUCUCUCUUGUCUGCAAGCAAUGGAAGAGAAUGGAGUGUCUUACCCGCUCAUCCAUUCGGGUUUUCGAACCCGAUUCCCUUUCUGGGUUCUUACCAAGAUUCCCAAAUCUUGUAACGUUUGAAUGUUCAAAAUCCAUCACAGAUGAUGACCUUAAAUUCAUGGCCAAAACAUGUCCCAAGAUUAAGGUCCUCAACCUCAAUUUCAAACGCACACCGUAUGAUGAAUUUAUACUGGUUUGUGAUGAUGUUGGGGACGAUGGUCUAUGUGCUUUAGCAAAUGGGUGUCGCAAGUUGUCGAAAGUUUUACUAAGGAGGAGGAAGAAUGUUGGGAAUGUUGGAGUUGUUUUGCUUGUUAAGUUGGCACAAAAUUUGACCAAUUUGGAUUUGACUUGGUGCAAUAAGAUCACGGAUCAAGCUCUUGAAGCAAUUGGUGUAGCAAAUUCUAUUGCUUCUUUGAAUUUGGAAGGGUGUUCAUUAAUUACAGAUGCUGGAUUGGCUUCAUUGGCAACAGGGGCUUCGUCCAGGUCUUUGAAAAAGUUGGUUCUUGCGGAAUGUGAUCAAAUUACAGAUUAUGGGGUAUCACUUUUGCGGCAAAUGUGUUACUUGGAGGAGCUAAACAUGGCAGAAUGUGGGCCGAAAGUUACGGAUGUUGGAUGUGUGGCAAUUGCUACAAUUCAAACUCUCAAGAAACUGAAUUUGUCGUGGUUGAUUAAUGUUUCGGAUCCUACACUUGUUGCACUAGCUGAGAACUGCCGGAAUAUGAAGCAGGUUAAUUUAACGGGUUGCGAGUUAAUUACUGGGGUUGGAAUUCGUGCUUUUGCAAAUCAUGAGUGUGUAGAAGGUCUUAAGUUGAUUUCUUGUUACAAUAUUUCUGGUUCUGAUUUGGAACAGUUAACACUUGGAUGCUGCUCUUUGAAGUAUGUUGUGCUGGAUAAAAGACGGAGAAUGUGGAUACCUAUGGUGAUGCUACAGAAUAUUAGCAGAUUCUAUGACUUAAUUUGGAUGUAAUUGAUGAGUAAAGAAACAUCAAUUUUAUCUCCAGGCUAUUGAUAGUUUGUGUUAUUUCUUGCUUUUUGAUGUGGUGAGUAAUUGCAAGCCAUAUGCUAUUUUCUUCUGUGCCCUUUAAUUCAUUGGGCAUACUUCUGUUAAGCUUUUUAGUAAUGCGCAUUUUUGCUAAACAAGCUUGGCGUUUGAUUCAGAACACUCACUCUGUGUUCUAUCGGGUAUAUAAAUCAAGAUAUUUUCCAAAUUGCUCUUUUAUGGAUGCAGAGAUGGGCAACAAUCCUUCAUAUGGGUGGAGAAGUCUUUUAGCAGCUAUAGAUAUUAUUAAAGAGGGAUCAAAGUGGCAGGUAGGGGAUGGAAGGUACAUUGAAGUUUCAACACAUAAAUGGUAGACACACAAACCGGUUUUCCUGGGAGAGAUUCAGCCUAAUUUUAAUGUGAAAGACCUUAUUGAUAGUGCCACAGGACAAUGGGAUAGGGAGAAGCUAUUUGAUCAUUUUGCAUAUAGGACACGUACGGAAAUAGCAGCUGCCUCUGCUAAGGUUGUC